AUGGAAGAGUUGAACCAGGAAGUUGGGCGGGAGAGGUGGGUACGAGAGGGAGACAUCCCAAACCUGGUGUACCUUCAAGCUGUGGUGAAGGAAACCCUUCGCAUGUAUCCACCGGGUCAUCUAGGAGUCCCCCGCGAGGCGAAUGAGGAUUGUUGCAUCGCAGGGUAUCAUGUGCCUAAGGGCACCUGGGUGUUCCUAAACGUGCUAAGGCUACAUCGCGAUCUUGGGACUUGGAAUAGUCCGCUUGAGUUCAUGCCAAAAAGGCUUCUUGUCUCCGGAGCUGAAUACCUGAUUGGGAACAAAAAAUUUGAGUAUGCACCUUUUGGGAAAGGGAGAAGGGAUUGCCCAGGGGUUCUGAUGGCCAACCAAGUGAUGCACCUUACUCUUUCCACGCUGCUUCAAGGCUCUCAUCUCACUGUGUCAGGCGAUAGCCUUGUCGACAUGACCAAGCACUAUACUGUAACAACCCGAGUGCUGGCGUGA